AUGUUUAGAGAACAAGAAGAGGAGGAAAUUUAUCAACAUCAACGAAAUAAUCUUGGUCGACAUGGAAACAAUGAAGAUGAUGGUACUCUGACAGAGUAUCAUCAUCGUGAUAAAUCUUCAUCAAUUCUACAAUUCCUGAGGAAUAACAAGAUUUAUAUUGCAAUCUUUAUUGUAGCCUUUAUUAUUUGUAUUGGAUUAUUAAUUGGAUUAAUUGUUUAUAAUAUUGUUAGUAAACCAAAUAUUGUAGAUCAUGUUUCGGAUAGGAGAGUCUUGAUGAUCUCUAUUGAUGGAUUCCGACCUGAUUAUUUGGACAUGUUUAAGGAUGAUUGUAAGAAUUUAACUCGUGUAUUUAUGGAUGGUGUUAGAGCCAAGACAAUGAAACCAAUAUUUCCAUCAAAAACAUUUCCAAAUCACUAUACGAUUGUUACUGGACUUUAUGCUGAAUCUCAUGGAAUAGUUUCAAAUUCUUUUUAUGAUCCAAAUUUCAAUGCCAAGUUUAGUAUGGGAUCUGAUGAAUCCAUCAAAUCUAGAUGGUGGUUAGGAGAACCUAUUUGGGUAACUGCUGAAAAACAAGGAAUGGUUGCAGGAAGUUUCUUCUGGCCUGGCUCAGAUGUGGAAAUUCAAGGAAGAUAUCCAACCUAUUACAAGAAAUAUGAUGGAGAUGUUGAUUAUGAGACAAGAGUCAAAACUGUAUUUGAAUGGUUAGAUUCAGAUAAACCACCACAAAUUGUAUUGACCUAUUUCAGUGCUGUGGAUACUGCAGGUCACAAAUAUGGACCUAUUUAUUCUGAAGAAUUGAGGGCAGCUGUAAAAGAAGUGGAUAAUUCUAUAGGACUUGUUCUUUCACAAUUGGAAAAGAGAAAUUUGACUGAUAAAGUAGAUUUGAUUAUUGUGAGUGAUCAUGGUAUGGCUUACACUCCAGAAUCAAAGAUUGUGAGAAUGACAGAUAUAUUAGGAAGAAAUGUUUUGGUUGGAGAUGAAAUUUUCAGUAUGAAUGAUGGUCCAUUCUUUGAUUUGUAUAUUAAGGACAAAUCUAAAGUUGAACCCCUAUUUAAUGAAUUAGCGAAUUCAAUUCAAAAUAAUAGUACCUUCUCAACUGCCAUUCAAGGUGUUUAUUUGAAGAAUAAUAUGCCAGAUAGAUUCCAUUUUGUAAAUUCUGACAGAAUUCCAGAUAUUACCAUACUUGCCAAACCUGAAUACUCGAUUUUAAGAUAUUCUACUAGUACCUUGUACGGAAAUGGAAAUCAUGGAUGGGAUAAUGAAUCAGAUUUAAUGGGUAGCUUAUUUAUUGCCAGAGGAAAGCACUUUAAACAAGGGUUUACAUCUGAGGAAUCUGUUAGAAAUUUGGAUGUUUAUUCAUUACUUUGUAAAUUAUUGAAUUUAACACCAGCUCCAAAUAACGGUACUGCUGAUAAUUUUUCGUCCUUCUUGAAACUCUAA